UGAUAUCUAGCCGCACCAUUAAGACAUAAGAAUUAAGACAGACACGGCCGAGGGUUGCCGAUAAGGAACCAGCGCCUUGCCGUGAGUGGAAAUUGGAAUGUUCCGACAUACAAGACUUGGCGUCUGAAAGUCGUAUCUGCAUGCCAGAAAUUGACCGAUAAAAUAGGACCGCAGGUUGAAGCAAAGCGGGGCCUGGAAGGGCUGGAACACCACGUUUUUCUUGUCUUUCUUGGAGGACGAAUCUUCUUCUGAAAUCUAGACUGCAUUCAUGUCAAGCAGCUCGUGCAUAUCAUCGUCGGAUUAACAGUGUGCUCAAAAUGGUCGCUCCUUUGGAUUCGGUAUGCGCUACAAUACCCCUCAUUGAUAUCUCUGGGUACCUCAAUGGCGACAAAGAAAAGGCCGAGCGGGCAGUAGUCGAGUUGAGGACAGCUUGCCAGUCUCCAGGCUUUCUCCAAAUAACUGGCCACGGAGUAACUUCCGAGAUUCGAUCCCAACUGCUUCAAAAACUUGCCGAAUUCUUUGCACUUCCCGCCGCGACGAAGCAGGCUCUUCAUCGGAGCCAGUCGAAAUGUCUGAGAGGCUACGAAUCCGUUGGAGAGCAGAAGCUGGAAGCUGGCAUUUCGGAUCAGAAAGAGGGUUUUAUGAUCGGUCCCGAUUUGCCGGCAGAGAAUGGGUACCUUCAAGGACCAAAUCAAUGGCCCAGCGAGGAAGCAGCUCCUGGAUUUCGGGAAGUCUAUAUGGCUUACUUCGACGUCAUGCGUAAUCUUAGUAAGACCGUGUUUAGAUUAAUGGCAUUAAGCCUCGAUCUAGACGAACGAUACUUCGAUGAAUUCGUCGGAAGCAAGGAUACAAUAUCAAUGUGUAGAGCACAUCGAUAUCCACCAACAACCCCGGAAAUGGCUAAAACCUCUCGAGGUAUCGGUGCGCACACGGACUUUGGUGCACUGACGCUGCUGUUACAGGACGAUGUGGGCGGACUCGAAGUGUUCCACAAGCCAACAGGUACCUGGCAUAAUGUACAGCCAGUUAAAGAUGCCUUCGUGGUCAACAUCGGCGAUAUGAUGGAGAGAUGGACGAACAAUACCUACACCUCAACCUUACAUCGUGUCAUUUCACCCGUUACGGCAAAAGACCGAUAUUCGGUAGCGUUUUUCAACGAAGGACUACCAGACCAGCUAGUCAGCUGCAUUCCGACAUGUCUGAAACCGAACGAGAAACCGCUUUUUGAGCCGAUUAGAGUCGAGGAUCAUUUGCGUGCUCGAUAUGGAAACAGCUAUUAGUAGGGAGCGGUCGAAUCGAUACCAGUAGUUGAUAUAAGCAAAUUCAGUGAGAUUCACUUGGACUGCCACUCUUGAUGGCG